AUGAAUUUCCUAAUCCUUUUUACUAUUUAUACUUAUCUGGAUAGGUUCCUCUUGAGCUUCCAUUUUCAAAGGGAGAAGCCAUGGAUGAUCCAACUUGCCUCUGUCACCUGCAUCUCUUUGGCUGCUAAAGUUGAAGAAACUCAAGUACCUCUUCUCUUGGACCUUCAAGUAGAAGAUGCAAAAUAUGUGUUUGAGGCAAAGAUUAUUCAGAAAAUGGAGCUUCUGAUUCUGUCCACCUUGAAUUGGAAGAUGUACCCUGUGAUCCUACUCUCAUUUUUAGAUCACAUUAUAAGGAGGUUGGGACUCAAAAUACAUCUUUACUGGCAGUUUCUCAAGCGUCGUGAGAAUCUUCUUCUCUCUUUGCUAUUGGAUUCAAGAUUCGUUGGUUGUCUUCCUUUUGUAUUGGCCACUGCAACAAUGCUGAAUAUUGAAUGGAGUGUCAGGGGUGACUCGUUAAGGAAUGUUGAUUCUGCUCAUGUUUCGAUCUCCAGCACCUUAAAGUAUGAUGAUUCAAAGAAAUGGGUGUUAUGUUUAUCUCACAUAGCUGGAAAAGACUGA